CUCUAUCUUCAUCGGUCGAGUACCACCCCUCGUCGGACAAAUAUCCAUCGUCUGUCUAGCUGCGAGCACCGCUGCUACGGCCCGUGCUCCUUUCACAGGGCGUGGAAGUAUCCGGGCUGCCCGGCAGGCCCACUGCGACCCGGCCAACUCGCGAAAUUCUUGAGAUAUUGCGAAUUCCAGUCCUUGCGCUCCCAAAUGUCCGCCGACUUGUUUGCGGAAUUUGGAGCUGGGGCCUCUGCCGGCCAAAAUCCCGGGAAUCAGGCAUCUCGGCCUCAGACGAACUCUCUAAUUCCCGACCUAGAGUCUUUCUCAGAUGCUGCAUUCCCUAAUGCUUCUCAACAUGUGAACGGGCCCAUGCCGCAUGUCGCUCAAGCGCGAACAUUGCCCAAGCAGCAGAGUUCUUUUUACCAGUCAAAUUUUCCUCAGUUACCACAGUAUGAGAGUAAUAGUGAUGUACUAUUCGAUGCCACUCAGGAGACAGCUUCCAAUGACGAUAGUGAAGACUGGGGUGAAUUCGAGUCUGCCGAUAAAUCCUCUCCGUCACUUCCUCCAAACGAGCCUGUCCCAAGGCCAGCGGCUGGAGUGAAGCCAACAAAUCACUCUUCUGAACGGGCGAAAACUCAUACGACUGCCCAGCCGAAGCAGUUGGACUUAUUGGACUCUCUCACGCUCGACGACAAUCCACCGGCAAGUCGCAAUCAGCCCACGGCGGCCACUGGCCUAAAUAAGGCUAAAGCUCAGACUAAAAAAGUUGUAUCGACAAAACCUCCUACUCCUGCAGAGGAAGAGCCUUUUGAAGAAUGGGGUGACUUUAUUGACGGGCCAUCCACGGAAAGCCCUACGAAGACAGCUCCACGGGUUGACACCACAAGGCCAGUGGGCAACUCAAACUUCUCCGUGAACACGCGGAGAGUCAGCUCUCACUCUUCCGGCGUGUCAAACCAACCUGUAAAUCCGAGCGCAGUUCGCCCAACGAACAUUCCUCCACCGUCUGUCCUAUUGGAGUUGUUUCCCCGGCUUUUUGAGCAAUUACGACAGGACGCUACCCAUGCAAGGCGGAACCUGCAGCAAAAGGAGAGCGUUGAAGAUGCGGCAUCGUCGAUUCUUUGCGUCCUGAAGGCAGUGGCACGAGUGGUUUCGGGGCGGACCUUACGAUGGAAACGGGAUUCCAUUCUGAGUCAGAGCAUGAAGAUUGGCCCAGCACGCUCUGGGAAAUCAGGAGGGAUGAAACUUAACACGGUUAACAAGAACGAAGACAUCAAGGAGAAACAGGAGGCCGUCGAUGUGAUUGUCUUGUGGCGAGACCGGGCGGCGCUUUUCAAUUCUGUGAUCCAGGCUUCCGGGAGACGCCCCAUUCAGGCUGUCCCGGAGAACAUUCGGGUCACGACCGCCACGGCAGAGCAGGGAGCUAUCAAGGCCUCUCAUGCUUGCGCUCUCUGCGGGCUGAAAAGAGACGAGCGACUCCCCAAGGUUGACGAGGCAGUGGAAGAUAGUUUCGGGGAGUGGUGGACCGACCAUUGGGGCCAUACAGACUGCAGGCAGUUCUGGGAGACCCAUAAGGACAUGUUGUUUCAAAGAUGAAUCUAGCUGUACAUACAGAUCUGGCAGAAUCGG